AUGGGCUGGGUGUCCGUGUGCCCCCCCACAGACAUCAAGGAGCACGUGAAGCAGCUGGAGAAGGCGGUGUCGGGGAAGGAGCCGCGCUACGUCCUGCGGGCCCUGCGGGCUCUGCCCUCCACCUCCCGCCGCCUCAACCCCAACGUGCUGCACAAGGCCAUCCACGGCUUCUUCACCUCCAACUGCACCCUCAGGGACUUCCUGCUCGGGUUCCUGGAGGAGUCCAUGGACACGGAAGCUGAGCUGCAGUUCCGCCCGCGGACGGGGAAAGCGGCCUCAGCCCCUCUCCUGCCAGAGGUGGAGACCUACCUGCAGCUGCUGCUCGUCAUCUACCUGAUGAACAGCAAGAGGUACCCUGAGGCUCAGAAAGUGUCCGAUGAUCUGAUGCAGAAGAUCAGCUCCCAGAACCGCCGGGCCCUGGACCUGGUGGUGGCCAAGUGCUACUAUUACCACUCCCGGAUCUACGAGUUCCUGAACAAGCUCGACGUGGUCCGGAGCUUCCUGCACGCGCGGCUCCGCACGGCCACGCUGCGCCACGACGCCGACGGCCAGGCCACGCUGCUCAACCUGCUCCUGAGGAAUUACCUCCACUACAACCUCUACGACCAGGCCGAGAAGCUCGUCUCCAAGUCCGUGUUCCCCGAGCAGGCCAACAACAACGAGUGGGCUCGGUACCUGUACUACACAGGGCGGAUCAAGGCCAUCCAGCUGGAAUACUCGGAGGCGCGGCGGACCAUGACCAACGCCCUGCGCAAGGCGCCGCAGCACACGGCCGUGGGCUUCAAACAGACGGUGCACAAGCUGCUCAUCGUGGUGGAGCUGCUGCUCGGGGAAAUCCCAGACAGGCUGCAGUUCCGGCAGCCCUCGCUCAAGCGCUCGCUCAUGCCCUACUUCCUGCUGACCCAGGCUGUCAGGACGGGGAACCUGGCCAAGUUCAACCAAGUCCUUGACCAGUUUGGGGACAAGUUCCAGGCAGAUGGCACCUACACCCUCAUCAUCCGGCUGAGGCACAACGUCAUCAAGACAGGUGUCCGGAUGAUCAGCCUCUCCUACUCCCGCAUCUCCCUGGCCGACAUCGCCCAGAAGCUGCAGCUGGACAGCCCGGAGGACGCCGAGUUCAUCGUCGCCAAGGCCAUCCGGGACGGCGUGAUCGAGGCCAGCAUCAACCACGAGAAGGGCUACGUCCAGUCCAAGGAGAUGAUCGACAUCUAUUCGACCCGGGAGCCCCAGCUGGCCUUCCACCAGCGUGGGCUGGCGCUGCUGGGCGUGCUGCUGUGGGCACCGUGGUGGGCACUGCACGGGGCACCGCUGCCAGAGCUCUCCGGGGACCAGGACUUCCAGCUCUUCCUGCAGAGGAACCUCGAGUUCACCCGCAAGGUCCGCGGGGAUGUGGCCGCGCUGCAGCGCGUGGUGUGUGACACCUUCCAGCUGUGCAAGGAGGAAGAGCUGCUGCUGGUGCGGCAGGACCUGGACAUCGCGCAGGUGCCGUUGGAGCAGUGCCACAGCCGCUCCUUCCAGGCGGAGACCUGCUUCAACCAGAUCCGCGCCGGGCUCCGCGUCUACCACGGCUCCCUGGCUGCUGUGAGGGACCUGCUGCCCGGCCAUGCCGGGCUGGUGGAGACCCUGCAGCUGGACACAGCCAACCUGUCCUCCAACAUCCAGCAGCAGAUGGAGGACCUGGGCCUGGCCACAGUGACGUACCCCACGGAGAACCCGGACCCCCUGCCCACCUUCUCCUCCCACUUCCACCACCAAGUCGGUGGUUUCUUCAUCCUGGCCAACUUCCAGCGGUUCCUGGAGACGGCGUACCGGGCUCUGCGGAACCUCGCCCGCCUCUGA